AUGACCGACACAUUGUCUGAUCCAGUUGAACAGUACGAAUUAAUUACCAAAGGGUUGCAAGAAGUUUUGAACCCACAAAUCAUCAAGAAUGUAUUGGAGAAUGAAAAAAGACCAUUGAAGCUUUACUGGGGUACAGCUCCAACUGGGAAACCACAUUGUGGGUACUUUGUUCCUAUGAUUAAAUUGGCUCAUUUUUUAAAAGCAGGUUGUGAAGUUACUGUUUUGGUAGCAGAUUUACAUGCUUACUUGGAUAAUAUGAAGGCACCAUUAGAAGUUGUUAAAUAUCGUGCAGGUUAUUAUGAAAAUGUUGUUAAGGCUAUUUUAACUUCAAUUAAUGUACCAAUUGAAAAAUUGAAAUUUGUUCUCGGAUCCGAUUAUCAAUUAAAUCCAGAAUAUACUAUGGAUCUUUUUAAAUUAUCUAAUAAAGUUGGACAAAAUGAUGCUAAGAGAGCUGGUGCUGAUGUUGUCAAACAAGUUGCCAAUCCUUUAUUAUCAGGUUUGAUUUAUCCUUUAAUGCAAGCUUUAGAUGAACAAUAUUUAGAUGUCGAUGUUCAAUUUGGUGGUGUUGAUCAAAGAAAAAUUUUUGUUCUUGCUGAAGAAAAUUUACAAAGUAUUGGUUAUAAAAAGAGAGCACAUUUAAUGAACAUAAUGAUUCCAGGUUUAGGUCAAGGUGGUAAGAUGAGUGCUUCGGAUCCAAAUUCUAAAAUCGAUAUUUUAGAAGAACCUAAAAUCGUUAAAAAGAAAAUUAAUAGUGCUUAUUGUGCACCUGGUGAUAUUAAAGAUAAUGGUUUACUUGCUUUCCUUGAACACGUUAUUCAACCAAUACAAUCUUUAAAAGCAGGUAAAGAAACUUUUAAUUUCUUCAUUGAUAGACCAGAUAAAUAUGGUGGUCCAAUCACUUAUGAAUCUCUUGAUCAAUUAAAAUCAGAUUUUGAAUCAGAAAAAUUGUCCCCAGUUGAUUUAAAAUCCGGUAUGGCUGAUAAAAUCAAUGAAUUAUUAGCUCCAAUUAAAGAAAAAUUCAAUAGUAACAAGGAAUUCCAAGAAUUUGGUGAAAAAGGUUACCCAGUGGAAAAACCAAAAGAAGAAAAGAAGGUUAAAAAAGUUAAAAAUAAAGGUACCAGAUACCCCGGUUCCGAUAAAGCACCUGCUUCUUCCGAUGCAUCUGUUGAAAAAGCUACCGAAGCUUUAGAUCAGACCAAACUUAAUUAA